GCCAUCUCGCACUCUCCCCAAUCCCCGAGCCCGAGCCCGAGGGCACCGCCGGCCGCCGCCACCCGCGUCCUCCUGCCGCCGGCCGCCACCCGCACGGCCGCGCCUCCCGCUGGCUGCCGCCUGCCGCACUGCGCCCGCGGGCCGCGACUCCUGCGCCCUGCUGGUGCCUGCUGAGCGCCUGGGCGAUCGCGCACCUCCCGCCGGCCGCGGCAAACCCGGCGCGCCGGCGCCUCCCACCGCCGGUCCCACGCACCCGUGCGGCAGAACGCCGGCCACCGCCCCGACCCUUCGAGCCGGCGCCCAGUUGCAGCAGCUAAGCAGCUAGCUGACCAGCUCCAUUGCCAAUCCCCUCACUGCAGUUCCCCCAGCCCACCGGUGGCAGCACACGACGAGCUCGGCGGCGUGGCACGAGGCGGGUAGGGUGCGUGGCCGGCGGGGUGUUUGCUGCACUGAAAACUAAGCCGAACCAAAGCCACGCUUGGCUGCAGCAGCGGUCCAGAACGGCACCGUCCUCCGUGAUCGGCGAGCUGUAUCGGGGGAACCCUACUGGGGCCCAUGGCCGUGGCCGUGGCCGUGGCGGAGGCACGGGCGCGGCAGGAGAAAGUGAGGAAGUUCGAGGAGUUCGUGGACCAGCAUCUGAAGCCCGACCUUGCCAACGCCAUCAAGCAGCGCGAUAAGGUGUUUGAGCAGCAGAAGACCUUCUUGGAUUUGAAGAGGAACAUCGAAAAUUUGGAGAUGAAUGGUGUCACCAGCAUGCGGUCCAUGGUCAAUCUUGGCUCGGAGGUGUACAUGCAGGCAGAAGUACCAGAUACAAGGCACAUUUUCGUGGAUAUUGGUCUAGGUUUUCAUGUGGAAUUUACUUGGCAAGAAGCUUUACAGUUUAUAUCUGUAAGAGAGGCAAGGUUGGCUAGGCAAAUAGAUGAAUACACGCAUCUCAUUGCAAGCAUAAAAGCACAGAUCAAGCUGGUAUGUGAAGGUAUCCGUGAGCUGCUGCAGCUACCACCGGAGACAGAGUUAUCACCUAGGAAUACAUGGUAUAAUAAUAGAAUUUGAUAGAAUAAUCGAACUUGUAAAAUGUGGUGCAGUUCUGCAAGAUGGUUCCAUUUUUAUAUGGCAGCAACUUGGCUUAAAAUCUGGUGACCUUCUGCAGUUGAAAUUAACCAACCCUUGUAGUAAUCUGAAACCAGAUCAUGAGGUUGCCGAUCGUAUAACAA